AUGUUGGCGGCCAGAGGGCGGCUAAGAUGGAAUUAUUACAAGCUGUUUUGUGGCCACAGAAGCACAAUGAUGCUACAAAUUAGGACCCACCCUCUUUCGGGCGUGCGUGAAAGAGUUGAUGUCACUAUUAUUGCUGCUACUAUUCGGCUAGAUAAGACUGACCCUGCUCUUCUAAGACCAUAUGAGAAUGACUGGAAGGAUAUAUUCGAUGUUCAUUUGAGCCAAAGGGCAUGUAGUUCUGAUUUAUGCAUUGAAGAACUUGCUCGUCUUACUGAAGGAUAUACUGGUGCUGAAAUUUAA